CAGAGAAGGAGAGAGGCAGGUUGGAGGAGCAUACUGAGUAGAUGUGUUGGGCUCUUCUCCACAUAUGUCAGUCCUGAUCUAAGCCACACCUGCUGCUAACCACGACUUACCAGAGAGGGAGAGGGAGAGAGGCAGUAGAGUGCAGUGUGUUUCAGGCUGUGUAGUCACAGGCUGAGCAGUCGCUGAAGCGAACGGUUGCUGUGUCGCUGCUGCCUUUUCUUUUUUCUCUCCAUCUCUCUGUCUCUGUUCCCUUCUCUCCUCGACGGAGCUUGGUCUUUCCUCCUGUCAUCCUGAAGCGAUGGUGUAAUUAACAGGGCUCUGUGGGAGAGGAACUGCUCUGCUUCCUAUAGGAACCUUUUGCCAAUUGCUGACUCUCUGUCAGUGCUGGAAAUAAAUGGAAGGGGACACUCGCUCUGCCACCAGGCAACUGGGGAUUCCUCUUAGUAUGAAGUGGGAUUUUUGAUUUUCUUUUCUGGACUUUGCAAAGUAGAUUUUCUCAUUUCUAUCUGGACACAUUUUGUAACUGAACACUCUGAGGAAGAUUUGGUCUUUUUACAUGAUAUUAUCAUACCAGGAAACAGGUGGCAUUGGUGGGUUUUAAACCCCUCCACUGCAUGUUGGGGAGCUCAGCUCACCCUCCUGCUGAGAUCCAGCAGGAGCAGCCAAGACCCGGACACAGACAAAUUAUACACAUUACUUCAACCAAGUGGCGGAUCAGGUGCAAACUGCACGUGUGUCUCUUCAAUCUGGUAACACCUUCACACUCACAGAAGUAGCUGGGUCAUAUGAGAGUUAACGAGGAGUCUUGCUGAUUAGUAGCAGGAUUUCCAUCUCAGCGUGAGACGGAGGGGAGAGUGCGGUCAUCAGGCGGCUGGAGAGAAGAUGCCAGCCAUCCUCGUGGCCUCAAAGAUGAAGUCAGGACUCCCCAAACCCAAACCGGUGCACAGUGCGUUGCCCAUCCCCCAGACCCACAGCAGGCAGCCUCCGGCCCCCGUCAAGACCCACAUCCCCUCACUGGGCCAGCAGGUGGGCUCAGGACCCCCGAGAAGCAUCACGCCACAGUCAGAGGCUGGAGGAAACUCUCAGAUCUACACGGACUGGGCCAACCACUACCUUGCCAAGUCAGGACACAAGCGUCUCAUCAAGGACCUGCAAACAGACGUCACAGAUGGAGUGCUCCUGGCUGAGAUCAUACAGGUCGUAGCCAAUGAGAAGAUUGACGAUAUCAAUGGCUGUCCCAAGAGCCGUUCUCAGAUGAUUGAGAACAUCGAUGCCUGCCUCAGUUUCCUGGCAGCCAAAGGAGUCAACAUCCAGGGUCUGUCUUCAGAGGAGAUUCGGAAUGGUAAUCUGAAAGCCAUCCUCGGCCUCUUCUUCAGCUUGUCCCGCUACAAACAGCAGCAGCAGCAGCAGGCCCAGCGGCAGAACUCCCAGGCCUCUCUCCCACCAACUGCCCAGUCCCAGAGCACACACCCUCCUCUGAGCCAGCAGAGCAGCGCCCCAGCCCAGCUCAGCCACUCUCCGCAUGGGACUCCUGCCCUUACAGCCCAGAAAGCAGCACAGGCCGAGAUGCAGUCCAGGGAUGGGUCUCAGAGUAAACUACUCAAGUUUUCCCUUGGUCAAAAAAAGACCUCUAGACUUCCUGGCCCCUCAACAAGGGUGUCCACUGCCGGCGGUGACAUCCCUCCCAGAGGCUCGGUCAGUGCUGCUGGGAACCGACGCAGCCAGGGCUUCAGUGACAAGACCAAAGCCAACUCGCACCUGAACAAAGAUUCCUCAGAGGGCAUGACCUCACAGCCUUCGGUGAUGACUGAGCAUCCUCUGUCAUCUGCAGUGACCGUCAGCUCCUCCACCAGCAUCCCCGCUGCUACCUCUGCCCUGAUUCCUCCCCCAUCUUCGUCGUCCUCAUCCUCCUCUUCCACGGCCAUUCCCCAGCCCAACAGCAAGCCCUGGAGGAGCAAGUCGACAAGCUCCAAGCACACCUCCUCUUCUUCUCCCUUCUCCACCAGCACCCCCUCGUCUGCCAUGCAGUCCGUCAAGCAAGAGAAGGAGGUGUCCUUCUCCUGUAAGGCUGCCCUGGCAAGUGAAGCCCCCCCUAAGGUUGUCACUCAGAAGUCAAUGCUGGAGAAGCUUAAGCUCUUCAACAGUAAAGGAGGCUCCAAAUCUUCCACCUCCUCCAAUGGAGUAGGGGCCCAGACUGACAAUGCUGCCCAAGCCAGGCAGCUCGGAGCGGGGCAGGUGGAGAGAGCCGAGACUGGCUCCAACACCGACCCCCUGGAGGAAGAUGAUGGCAACGUCCGGCCGGGAAUGAACGGGACCAGCAAUGGGACGGCCUACGGAGCAGCUCCCUCAGCAGGUACUACUACUGUCUCCACAACUGCCAGCAGCCCCAAAAUCGCCCUGAAGGGCAUUGCCCAGCGCACUUUCAGCAGAGCUUUGACUGCCAAGAAGGGCUCUGUCAAAGGCACAGAGAAGGACAAGGAGAGGGGAAAGGAGAAGGAGAAAGGGAAGGAGGUGGGGAAACGCAUCUCGGUCCCCGACAGGACAGAGCUCAGGGGGGAGGAGCCUAAGGAGGAAGUAGCACCUGUUGCUGUAGACACAGACAGCUCAAACAAAAGAACCUCUAAAAUCACCAGCUUCAUUCCCAAGGGGGGUAAAGUGGCCAAAAAAGAGAGUUCCACCCCUGCAAACAGCGGAAUACCAAAGCCAGGAGGCAAAGCCCCAGGAAUCGGGGGGAAAGCUUCCUCAGUGAAGGAGGCGGGGGAGAGGCCUCGGAGCAUGCGGUUAGGAGGGGGUCUCGUCAUGCACCGCGGGCCCCUGGACAGAGACAGAGACAGGGACAGCAGACACUCCAGCUCUACUUCCAGUCUUGCCUCCACAGAGGGGAAGACCAGCACCGCCCCUGUGGCAGGAGGAGGCACUACACAGAGCACAGCCAGCAACACGGUCAGCGUGCAGCUACCUCAGACUCAACAGCACCACAGCCACCCCAACACGGCCACCGUCGCACCUUUCAUGUACAGAUCCCAAACAGACGGUGAGGGAAUAGCAAACACUGAGACCGGCUCAGGAGGAAUAGGUGGAGACAUUUCCUUCACCAAGACCGGCCAGCUCUCCAUCGAGGACCUUUCAGGUGAAGACCCAGAGACAAGGCGUUUGCGUACUGUUAAAAACAUAGCAGACCUGCGGCAAAACCUGGAGGAGACCAUGUCCAGCUUACGAGGAACUCAGGUCACACACAGCACCUUGGAAACCACCUUCGAUGGCAGCGUCACCACAGACAUCAACAGCGGCGGAGGUGGCGGUGGUGGCAGCAACAACAGCGGAGGGGGUCGGAGCAUCCUCAGCCUCACUUCUACCCGCCCCUCCCUGUCGUCAUGGCGACUGGGCCAGUCCAGUCCUCGUCUGCAGGCAGGCGAUGCCCCUUCUAUGGGGAACAGUUACGGAGGCCGGGUGGCUGGCGGCCAGGGAGGACGCUACCUGUACCCUGGGCACCUCCGACGGCAGCUGGCUGGCAGGGGAGGAGCCCUCUGCAGUGUGGACCUCGGAGACAGAGCCGGGGAGGACUCUGACCUGGACGGCAUCUCUAUGGAGGUCACUGGAUACAUGAGCGAUGGAGACGUGCUGAGCAAGAACGCUGCACGCACUGAUGAUGUCACCAGCGGCUAUAUGACUGACGGAGGUUUGGGUCUGUACACGCGGCGCCUGAACCGCCUGCCUGAUAGCAUGGCCGCUGUCCGAGAGACAGUCCACAGAAACACGUCGUCAGGACAGGGAGAUGCUGACAGCUGGGAUGACAGCAGCUCUGUGAGCAGUGGCAUCAGUGACAACAUCGACACAGAUGACAUCAACACCAGCUCCUCCAUCUCCUCCUAUGCCAACACACCCGCUGCACAGCGCAAGGGCCUCAACACACAGCCUGUGACGGAUGCAGAGAAGCACUCGGCCUCCACAGCGGUGCACCAGGCCUGGUCAGGAGACGAGGUGAAGAGGCCAGACGGUGGGUCAGACAGCGGGGUCAGGAUGGAGCCAGGCUCCAAGUGGAGCCGUCGGAACCCCUCCGACAUGUCUGAUGAGUCCGACAAGGGCAGCUCGGGGAGGAAGACCCCCUCCGUGUCCCACACGGGCUCUUGGAGGAGAGGCAUGAGCACUCAGGUGGGGGUGACAUCCCCCCGGACUAAAAGCACCAGUAGCACAGGUUCCGCGGGUUCUGCUGGCCUCAAGACCCACAGCUCAGGUAAGACCGAUGACGUCAAGGUGUCAGAAAAGGGUCGUCUCUCUCCUCGUCCUAACGGCCUCCACCGCUCGCCCUCAGACGCAGGACGCAGCAGCGGCGACGAGGCAAAGAAACAAUCGAUCCCCGCCAGCCGCACAGUGACGACAAACGCCCUCACACACACCGUUUCAGACCCUCACUCCCAGACACAUACACUCACCUCACGCACCCCUACCAGCACCUUCGGCUUCAAGAAGCAGGGCCCUGGGAUGACCAUGGUUACUGCCAGCGGCGCCACCAUCACGAGUGGCUCAGCCACCCUGGGAAAGAUGCCCAAAUCUGGGGCACGCUCACUGGCAGGAGGGUUGAAGGCCGGUGGGCAUGAUGGCGGGUCGGUGCUGGGUCACCACGAUGACGGCUUCCUCCCCAUGAGCGCCCGCUCCACGCUGCAGUACCGCAGCCUGCCGAGACCCAGCCGCUCAGGAGCAGCCGCCCGCAACGGAAACCGCUCCUCCACCAGCAGCAUCGAGGCCACCGUGCUCUCUGUCACGUCUCACGGGAAAAACUCAAUCAGCAUCUCCAAGGCUAACGGUUCAGGAGGUCUGCUGGCCAAUCAGACGGAUCGGGAGAAGGGCGUCUCUGAGAUCGACAACCUCAGGAGCGGAGUCGUGAUGCAGAGUGGAGGAGCAGCGACUGUUCCUCUGACGGGAAGACAGCAGGUUUCUUCACCUACACUACGCAGGUUGUUUGGCGGGAAACCCAGUAAACAGGCUCCAGUCACCACGGCUGAAAACAUGAAGAACUCCACUGUUAUUUCCAACCCCCAUGCCACCAUGAACCAUGUAGGCACGGUGCUGGAGUCCCCUGACGGAGGGCUGGGAGGCGGGGACAGUGAGACCAACAGCCCCCUGUUUGGAGGCAGAGCGCAGGCAUCAGGGAUGGGGACGCUGGGCAGCGAGCAGGCCUCCAGUCCCGGCUCAGUCUACUCCUCCACCGGCCCCUCCAACAGCCUGACUUGGGGCACCACCUUCAGCAGCUCCUCCGCCCAGAGCAGGGAGGGCACACUGGGCGGGCAUGGCGGGACAGGCAGCGUGGGAUACCCCUCCGUCAGCAGCAUGCACACCAGCAGUGAGUCCAUCGACAUGAGCCUGGGCAGCGCUGGAGGAGGCGGCGUCCAUGGGACCCACAGGGAGGACACCUUGUCCGCUCUGGGCCGCACCGGCAGCGUCAAGACCGGCAUGUCUGAGAGUCCCCUCUCCUCCCCCUCCGCUAGCCCUAUAUUCAGCCGAAACACGCUACCUCGGAAGCAGGACAGCGGGCCACACUGUGGUAGAAACACUCUGCCUAAGAAGGGACUCAGGUAUGGGCCAUCCCCACAGCUGAGAGGCCAUGAGGAGGCCCGUGAUUGGCUGCGCUCCCACUCCACCAGCGGGCUGCAGGACUCAGCCAUUAACUCCCCGUUCUCCCCCGGCUCCAGCCUCACCUCCCCCUCUGGCACUCGCUUCAACUUUGGACAGCUCGGUACGCCCCAUAAGCCACCAAAACCCAGCACUCCAUCAUCCAGCCCGACCUCAGCAGCUCAGAUCAACCUCGCCAGUCUGCGCAACAACAGUCUGACCAAUCAGGACGUCUCCUUUGACCCUUGUGGCGACAACCGACUGAGAAACUCCUGCAUGUCACUUGACGAGAAGACUCGCACCAUGAGCAGAUCGGGCUCCUUCAGGGACGGCUUUGAGGAAGUUCAUGGAUCAUCCCUGUCUUUGGUCUCCAGCACGUCUUCCAUUUACUCCACAAAUGAGGAGAAGUCACAGUCGGAGAUCCGCAAACUGCGCCGGGAGCUGGACGCCUCCCAGGAAAAAGUUUCCGCCCUGACGACACAGCUGAGUGCCAAUGCUCAUCUGGUGGCAGCGUUUGAACAGAGUCUGGGCAACAUGACCAUUAGACUGAAGAGUCUUACCUUGACGGCAGAGCAGAAGGAUUCUGAGCUGAAUGAGUUGAGGAAGACCAUUGAGCUGCUGAAGAAGCAGAACGCUGUUGCUCAGGCUGCCAUCAACGGAGUCAUCAACACACCUGAACUCACACCUAAAAGGGACAAGACAGCUGGCAGUAACGGCAGUCCACAGCAGCAGCCAGACCUGCGCAUCAGGAGGCAGCACUCCUCUGACAGCGUCAGCAGCAUCACCAGCGCAACCAGCCACUCCAGCGUGGGCUCCAACAUGGACGCCGACUCAAAAAACAAGAAGAAGAACAAGAAGAACUGGGUUUAUGAGCUGCGAAGCUCCUUCAAACAAGCGUUCAGCAAGAAGAAAUCUCCGAAGUCGGCCUCUUCUCACUCCGACAUCGAGGAGAUGACGGACUCGUCUCUGCCGUCCUCCCCCAAACUGCCCCACAACGGCACCGCAGCCUCCAGCCACAUGCUCAGGAACACACACUCCAACUCGCUAUUGUCUGAGUGUUUGGACAGCGAGGCGGAGACAGUGAUGCAGCUGCGCAGUGAGCUCAGGGAGAAGGAGAUGAAACUGACUGAUAUCCGCCUGGAGGCUCUCAGCUCUGCCCAUCAGCUGGACCAGCUCCGGGAGGCCAUGAACCGCAUGCAGGUGGAGAUCGAGAAGCUGAAGGCGGAGAAUGACCGUCUGAAGGUGGAGAAUCAGGGCAGCAGGACGGGCUCCCAGGCCUCCAUCUCGUCCUCUCCUCCCCCUCACACACACAGCCAGGCUGCGGGAACUGGGCCGGGGCUCUCCCAGCACAGCCUCAACCUCACCACCAGUGAGUCCACCAGCCUGGACAUGCUGUUGGAUGACACUGGCGGAGAGGGAGGGAUGAGGAAGGAGGGGCGACGCGUGAAGAUGGUAGUCAGCCUGGACGAGGACAGCAAGUGGGGAGAGGAGGCCCAGCCUCAUCAUUUUCUGAUUGGUUGCAUCGGUGUGAGUGGUAAAACCAAGUGGGACGUCCUGGACGGAGUGGUCCGACGCCUUUUCAAGGAGUACAUCACCCAUGUGGACCCUGUGAGCCAGCUGGGCCUAAGCUCAGACAGCGUGGAGGGAUACAACAUCGGAGAAAUCCACCGGCCCAGUAUCCCCAGCGCCGCCCACAUGCCCGAGUUGCUGCCCUGCGGCUACCUGGUGGGAGACAGCAACACCAUCAACAUCCAGCUCAAAGGUGUGAGCAGUGAGAACGUGGACUCGCUGGUGUUCGACACUCUGAUUCCAAAGCCAAUGCUGCAGCGCUACAUCUCCCUGCUGAAGGAGCACAGGCGCGUCAUCCUGUCGGGCCCUAGCGGUACAGGAAAGACCUACCUGGCCAAUCAGCUAUCUCAACACCUGCUGCUGCUGGAGGGCCGACCUCUGACCCCGCACGCUGUCGUCACUUUCAACGUGGACCACAAGUCCAGCAAGGAGUUGCGUCAGUACCUGUCAGGUUUGGCCGAGCAGUGCAGCGGUGUCCCUGGGGCGGACAGCCCUCUGGUGGUCAUUCUGGACAACCUGCACCAUGUCAGCUCCCUGGGAGAGAUCUUCAACGGCGUCUUCAACUGCAACUACCAGCACUGCCCCUACAUUAUCGGCACCAUGAGCCAAGCCACGUCAUCUGCCCCCAACCUGCAGCUUCACCACAACUUCAGGUGGGUGCUGUGUGCCAACCACAUGGAGCCAGUGAAAGGCUUCCUUGGUCGCUACCUGAGGAGGAAGCUGAUCGAGAUGGAGAUUGGCAGCCGAACGCGCAACGUGGAGCUGGUGAAGAUCAUCGACUGGAUCCCGCGGGUUUGGCACCACCUCAACCGCUUCCUGGAGACACACAGCUCCUCUGAUGUCACCAUCGGACCUCGUCUCUUCUUGUCAUGUCCCAUAGACGUGGAGGGAUCCAGAGUUUGGUUCACUGACCUCUGGAACUACUCCAUCAUCCCGUACAUGCUGGAGGCUGUACGAGAGGGACUACAGCUGUACGGCCGCAGGGCUGCGUGGGAGGACCCUGCUGCCUGGGUGAUUGACACUUACCCAUGGACAGCCACCCCCACCCCAGCCGAAUGGCCUCCGCUGCUGCAGCUCCGUCCAGAGGAUGUGGGGUUCGAUGGCUACUCUGCCCCGAGAGAAGGAGUCAGGAAAGAGCCACCACAGAGUGACAGCGACGCAGACCCACUGAUGAACAUGCUGAUGCGUCUGAAGGAGGCGGCCACGUCGUCGAGUCCGCAGAGCUACGACAGCGACUCCAACAGCAACAGCCACCAGGACGACAUCCUGGACUCGUCGCUGGAGUCGACCCUGUGAUGCCAUCAAAACGCAACACUGGGAUCAGUUUUUAGGAGGAACUUUUUAUAAGAACUGUUCUCACUGUGAGAACUUCACGUUGAGAGUAAAAUUUCAUGCCACAAAAUCCAGACACCUUAAUUUGGGUGCAGGUAACCCAAAUAUUUAAAAAGAAAAAAACUGUUCUAAUUGCAUUUCAGAAAAUGGGCAACAAAAGUUUCUACUGCACUGUACUGUUUUGUUUUGUUUUCACCGCUGUGGCCCGUAGCUCCUCGGUCAGGAGCCUGAAAUCUACUUCAGACAGACAGAAUAAAAGCACACAGCCUGUCACUGUUGGUGAGGCAUCAUCAUUACCAUCAUCACCAGCCAUCAGCAUACUUAAACACCAGCCAGCAGUCCUCCAUCCUCCACUGAGCCGCAGCAUCUGCUCCAGCUCAUCAGGCUGAGAGACUGCCCAGCUGCAGUGCACCUGAGCUGCCUGCAGAUGGUGAUACAGGCCCUUGUCUCUGGAGUGUCAGUGAGCCUGAGCUACCAGCUGCUGAGAACACACAAAUGAGGCUGCCACUGGUUGGUUGGAUGGAUGAACAGCCAGUCGCUUUGUGCUCGUCCUCCCUUUCUCUGGCUGAAGUUGCUUGUGUGAUUGCUGGAGGAUAAAUCGAGUCAAAGUGAAUGUUGUGUCCUACAGCAUGCCCGCUCACACUUCCAAAAGCUCCUCAGAGAGAUCAUUAAUUUUACAUCCCAAACUCUAGACACUGUUUCAUUCAACUCCAAACUAUAUCAAAGCCAAAAAAAUAAUGUAGUAAUAGUCCGUGAAGGAGAUGUGUCCACGAAAAGUAAUAAAGAGAGCACUAAUAAAAAUAGUUCCUACCAGAUACAUUGGAAUGUUUUUGAGUUAAAUGUCUGCAUUCAAAGCCCUGGAUAUUAUGAUAAAAACAUGGUAACAAAGAAGUCGGCAAACACUGUAGCAACAUUGCUUCACCACCAAAACAAUGUCAAAGUCUGUGGGAAAAAAUCUUCAAACUAAGGAGACAAGAUUGGUCAGUUUAACCAAAAGUUCUCACCACAAUCCUUGCUGACACUUUUUUGUUUCUUUUGGAGGUGACACAUCAUACGGCAGCUUUCAUCAAGGUCCUCAGUGGUUACAUCCUGCCUCAUAGCUGAGAAACCGUUGUUCUACCAGAAAGUAGUUCCUUUGAAAUGGAGCAGAAUAACAUACUAAGUGCAUAAGUUUUAUUGGGCACACAGACACCAGUCAGACCUGCUGAAAAUAAAAAGCUUUUCUUAUCCAGUACAACAGCUGUAGCUAAUUUUACAAAGCAAGGCAAGGACAAAAUCUAACAUACAAAAUCCCUUUAGUCUUUCAGGAGGAAAGGGCACUAACUGGGAAAUCAACAUCCACCAUGGCUAGAUUUAUCCUUUUAACUUUUACCACGUUUGAGAUAAUGCCAUUUUCUAUCUGUGUUGUAACUUUCUGUGUAAUUUCACAAAUAACGCCUCUACCACUUUUUAGAUCUCCAUGCACAUUGGCCCAAACAGGCUGUUGUAGCACAAAUCUCUUUUGGUGCUGGACUGAAUUUUAACAAACAAUGCCUUACUCUUUUCUAACAGACUAUGUGCAUUAGCUGAUUCUUUAUUUGUCUAAUGGCUGUAAACUUAACAGGGCUCUGAGUCGACUCUCCUCGAGCACCUCCAGUUGUCGAGGAGUGGCGUCGACCUCUCAUCAUAUCAAACACCAAUGCCGUGGGAAUGAGACGUGAAUGAGAAGCAGUACUUUGGGUCUCAAAUUAAGUUGUAUGCAUGUAUGACCCGCUGCUGUGAAGCUGGUGUAAAUAUUUGGACCACUAGCAAGAAAGAAACAUACAUAUAUACAAAUAUAUAUAUAGAUGUGUUUCGGUGCUCAAAAUCAGAACCCUUUGCAGGUUGAUUGGAUGAGGGAAGUUUAAGAAGACGUGUUGAUUUUAUACCUCAUCCCCAUCCUUUAACUGUGCUUUUGCCAUGCUCAUAGUCUGUUUUGAUUCUGUGAUUUGUGAUGAACAAAACAUAACAAACAUGUUUAACUAAUUAAGUGAAAACUAGUGUAUAUGCUGCUUUGUUUAUAGUGAUAUAAUUAAUCUGAGGUUAAAGGUAUAAAGGUACUUGUGGUUGAAUGAUAAUGUAAAAUGGUUUGACAUAAUUUUUGUGGCUUAGAAAAUAAAGAAUAUUGUAUUUUGAUUUAAACCUCCCAGCCUGCCUUCUGGGAAGGGCAGGCGGACAUUUAAAGCCGGGGUCAUGCAUCGCUUUCAGUGUUUUUUGUCACCGAUCCUAUGCAACAUUCACUCUGAUCUCCAAAUGGAUGCGUUUGUCCCUUGAGCGGUUUUCAGCACUGCCGAGACAUACAGCGUGGAACCAGAUUUGUGAAGACUUUACGAUUUGUUGCCCAUGUUCUUUGUCCGUGUGUGUCUGUAUUUUAUAGAGGCUUUCCUGCUACAGUUCUUGUAAGCACAAAGAGACUGAUUCUCUGUUUGUCUUGUGUAAAGCCUGCUCAGAGGUGUGGAUGUUGUUGAAGCAUUUGACCAGUCUGUCAGUUUAUUACUUACAAACUCAAUGAAUGUUUAGCCUUCUUUGCUAUGUAAAUUUUUUUUAUAUGUAACAUAACUUUGUAAAUAGUCAAUUAUCUUGAAGCAUUUUGAUGACUUUUUCUAGCUGAUUUGUUACAGUACUUGAAAAGGAGUAUUUUGUGUAUAGUCUCUUUACAUCAGAGCAGAUUGGUGCUGUUUGUCAUCACUGGUCUGUCCAGGGCUCGGAGAAUUAAAUCUAUCACUGUACUAGUCUUAAGUUAUUGUGAUUCAAUAAAAAUAAUGAUUAUUUAUGAUUGAA